AUGAGGAAGUUCUUCGAUUCGCGUCGUGAGUUGGUUAGUUCCGGACCUGGUUCUGGAGGAGGUGGCAGCAGCUCCGGGUCCAGCCAUGCCGGAGGAAACUUCAUCGGGAGAGCCUUCACUGUGGGCCGCCACCAAGUCACCGUGGAGGAGAUUAUAGCCGAAGGUGGCUUUGCAAUCGUGUUUCUGGUGAAGACAAACCAGGGUGUGCGCUGCGCCCUGAAGAGGAUGUAUGUCAACAAUGAGUACGACCUGCAGGUGUGCAAGUGCGAGAUUCAAAUAAUGAAAGACCUCAUGGGCCACAAGAAUAUUGUGGGCUACCUAGACUCCAGCAUAACAGCCAUGGGGUCAAGGGAUGUGUGGGAAGUCUUUAUACUGAUGGACUAUUGCAAGGGUGGCCAGGUUGUUAAUUUGAUGAAUCAAAGGCUGCAGACAGGCUUCACAGAGAUGGAGGUGCUUCAGAUCUUUUGCGACACCUGUGACGCCGUGUCUCGCUUGCACCAGCGCAAGACCCCCAUCGUCCAUAGGGACCUUAAGGUGGAGAACAUUCUCCUACACGACAAAGGUCAUUAUGUGCUCUGCGACUUUGGCAGCGCCACUAACAAGUCAUUGAGUCCACAAACUGAAGGUGUUGCCGCUGUGGAGGAAGAAAUUAAGAAGUAUACCACUUUGUCAUAUCGGGCACCUGAAAUGGUAAACCUUUACAAUAACAAGAUCAUUACCACCAAAGCUGAUAUCUGGGCGCUGGGAUGUUUGCUCUACAAGUUGUGCUUCUUCACUCUGCCCUUUGGUGAAAGUCAGGUGGCCAUUUGCGAUGGCAGCUUCACCAUUCCGGACAACUCCCGCUAUUCUUACGAUCUCCACUGCCUCAUUCGCUUCAUGCUAGAACCUGACCCAGACAAAAGGCCAGAUAUCUACCAGGUCUCCUACUUUGCCUUUAAACUGGCACAACGCACUUGUCCUGUUCAGAAUACGAAGAAUUCUUCAAUUCCUGCCAAACUUCCUGAGCCAAUCAAAGCGAGUGAAGCAGCCGCAGCCAAGAAGAGUCAGGCCAAGCCCAGACUAACAGACCCGAUCCCCACCACUGAAACUUCCAUCACACCUCGCCAGAGGCCCAAAGCAGCUCAUACUCAGACCGCUGCCGGCAUCCUUCCCAUCCAGCCCGCUGCCCUCACCCCACGUAAACGGGCUAAUCUCCCUGGUGGGGCAGCUCAGCCUGUUGGAGUGAGCUUGGACCUCUCGCAGCCAGCUGCGGCUCUCCAGUCACAGAAGGCGCAGACUUGUGCUUUGCCUCUCCUCCAGUCACAAAACAAUUCCAGUCUGGCCACAGUGGCACAGAAGCAGCCUGCUGUAGGAGCAGAAGCUACCGCCAACGUGGUGGCACCUGUGUCCAAGACAGAUGUUCAACCGCAAACCCAAGCACAGCCAUCCACAACCAAGCCAACGGCCCCGCCACCGUCGGCGACCAGCGCCACCUCACAGCAGGCGGCGCAGUGUCCAUCCAGCCCGGCCGCACCGCAGCGUCCAGCUAGACGCAAGGUACCCGUCCAGGCUCAAACACCUGCCGCUCAGCCGUCUCCCAACAAAUCAGCCGCCGGUCAAUCAACGUUUGAGCAGCAACCACAACCUACGAGUCAGCCAUCGGUCAUCCAGGCACAGUCGGCCGCCGCGGAGGUCAGACAAAAAGCAGCUGAGACCACUCCUCCUGCAUCCCCAAAGACAGUGGUGGUGCAAAGCCCCAAACAUGUCCCAAGUGAUGAUACAGCGAGCGCAACCAAUGGAGGCAACGGAGAUGCCUCACUAGCAGCUGAGGAAGACAUUGUCCAUAGCACUCAAGUUGGCUCCAUCCAGCCUCAAGUUGAUCUUGUCCAGGACCAAAACAAUGUCUCCACCUCCAGCGAUGACACCACUGCGCCACCCACGUGGAACCCGUUUGACGACAAUGACAGCUUCUCCAGCUUCACAGCAGAGGAAGUCAAACCCAAGGAUGCCAAGCCUACUGAACCGCCCUCAGAGUGUGAAACACCCUGUGGAGAGUUGAUACCAGGCUUGCAACCUUCAGAUGUGGAAAAUGCAGAACAACUCUCUCAAGCUGAAAGACCAUCAGCAAUCGUGGACGUGGAUUCCGGUGCAUCACUGUUAGUCAUCCCAGACCCAUUCCACACCCUUGAACUGUCCAAUGCACCAGAGAAGCUUAUUGAAGGACUAAAAUCUCCAGACGUAUCUUCACUCGUGCUUCCCGAUCUGCUGUCUUUGUCGGAUCCUUUUGGAGGUUCUGUGGAGGACUCUGCAAAAGAUCACAUCACUGCUGACACCUCAUUGCUGGGAUGUUCUCUGAUCUCCGGUCCGUCCGCACCUCCAGUAGCCGCGAGCAGCGCAGCGUCCUCCUCGGUGUCCUCCGCCUCUGCUACUUCUGCUUUAGAUGAUUUCGGUUUGCUGUCUGGAGAAUCUGCACAGCCAAAAGCAUCAGACUCUUCGGCCCUCAUCUCAGACUUGGAGCUUCAGCAAACCGAGGCGGCCACAGAAGAUGAGUUUGACCCCAUCCCUGUCACCGGGCGAAAGAACUCUCAAGUUUCAGGAGGCCACUCACGCAGUAACAGUGGCGGCUCUGAAUCCAGCCUGCCCAGCUUGGCCCGCUCCCUUCUGCUGGUGGACCAGCUCAUCGACUUAGAACUGGUAUAUUCUAAUCAGACAUUGAAAAGGUACCAAAUCUGCAUAUUUCUACACACAGACCAGCAGGUGGCGCUGUGCUGUAACUCACAAGAAGAUGCUGGUGGGACCGCAGCAUCUACCAAUGAGAUGCAGAAGACCAUUGAAUGCACGAAUGAAAGCCCAAGAAGUCCCCCCACGCCUGACAUCUUCCUCCUUGCUCCUUUCAAAAACAAGCUGGCGGUGAGCAACACCUUUUUCACCCGCGAAGAACCCAAAUCCCCGCCCGACGUUUUCCUCCAGGCGCCCUUCGUCAAAAUCGAGGACCGCGCGCUGGUGGCCAGACAGCGCCCCCCGAUGGUCCGAGCGACGCCUCUGCCCCAGCAGCCGGUUGCCGUACACCGCGUGGUGUCGAGAGUAGGGCAACAAGCCGCUGUGGGCUCUGUGGCCGUUGGUCCGCUGCACUCUUGGACCAUCGGAGGGCGAAAUCCGGACGACCCGUUCGGCGCCGCACCAUUUCGGCCCAAAUGCUCCCGACACCGACCUUGA